AUGGCGAUCGAAAACUUAUCUGAAGAUCUGCUCAUGGAGAUUCUGUGGAGGCUUCCAGUGAAAUCCUUGCUUCAGUUAAAGUCAGUCUGCAAAAACUGGUAUGCUCUCAUCCAAAGCCCUAACUUUGUUUACCUCCACCACGAUCGCGCCGCCUCUAUCGCCGCUGCCGAAAACACCGACUGCCUACUCGUUAAGCGAUUCCUCAACGGCGGCGAGGGCGGCGUCACCUUGUCCUUCGUCCCCAAUGAAACCCCAGUUGAGGAUAUUGACAUAUCUUCGACUGGUCUUGAUAUUAAACAUCUACAAAUCUUGGGGCCUUGUAACGGCGUCGUUUGUCUCACCCGAUUCAGUUCGAGUUCCCCCAUUGUGCUAUGCAACCCUUCAAUCAAAGAAUUUAGGGUACUUCCUGAACCCUCUUAUAAAAAUGAUCAUAUGUGCAAUUUGGGAUUUGGGUUUGAUCCGUAUAUGAAUGAUUAUAAAGUGGUCAGAUUCGCGGUGAUGAGUACAGAUUUACCCAUUAGGCACAUUGAUGAAAGAGUUGAAAUGUAUGAUUUGAGUAAAGAUUCUUGGAGGGAACUUGAUGCGGAGUCCCCUGUCGUGUCCGGUUUCACCUGUUUUAAUGAUUCGUAUGCAUCGUGGAAUGGGGAUUUUUUCUGGUACGCCUACCAUAAACAUGGUGGUAGUCCAGUGAUUAUGGCAUUUAGAAUGUCCGACGAGGCGUUCGAAGAGAUGCCUGUGCCAGAAGUUUGCUUGUUAGACCAGCACAGCGAAAAGAAACUUUUCGUUUUGGACAAUUCCCUUGCCAUGGUUAUUUAUCCGAAUUGGUGGUCAAAUCCAUUUGUGUUUCUACCUGAGGAGUUUUCAUUGGAGAAGUCCUUUGAUAUAUGGGUAAUGAAUGAAGAGGAUGUCGAGGUGUCGUGGACUAAAAAGUUCACUAUCGGACCCUUCCAGCAACUCGACUGGGCAUUGGGGUUCCGGCUAAAUGGUGAGUUCCUUGUGGAGAGCGGCUAUGGACAGAUGAUGUCGUACAACCUUAAUACUCAAGAAAGGAAGGAGUAUCAAGUCCAUGAUCAAGUACAAGGUUGGCCUCCACCCCCAAAUAUACAAGUUCUUCCAUAUACAUGGAGCUUGGUUUCGGUCAAGAGACACAAUUAG